AUGGAAAGAGAGCAGAGGGAUAAAGCUUUGGUCCCAAUUUAUCAGCGAAAAAUCAACAAAAAAACAAACAAGAUGCCUGCUGACGAAGGAAUGGAGGCUGAGACCUUUGCCUUCCAGGCUGAGAUCGCUCAGCUUAUGUCCCUCAUUAUUAACACCUUUUAUUCGAACAAGGAAAUCUUCCUCAGAGAGCUCAUCUCCAACGCCUCUGACGCUUUAGACAAAAUCCGUUAUGAAAGUUUAACGGAUCCAGCAAAGUUGGACUCUGGGAAAGAUCUGAAAAUUGAAAUCAUUCCUGACAAAGAAGAGAAGACUCUAACUAUCAUCGACACUGGAAUUGGAAUGACCAAAGCUGACCUCAUCAACAACUUGGGAACCAUCGCAAAGUCUGGCACCAAGGCCUUCAUGGAGGCUCUGCAGGCUGGGGCAGACAUCUCUAUGAUCGGACAGUUUGGCGUGGGCUUCUACUCUGCUUACCUUGUGGCUGAGAAGGUGUCUGUCACUUCCAAACACAAUGACGACGAAGCAUACCUGUGGUGUUCCUCAGCUGGAGGCUCCUUCACCAUCCAACCUAUUUCGUCCGACUCUAUUGAGCGUGGAACAAAGAUCGUUCUGCAUCUGAAGGAAGAUCAGAUGGAGUACAUCGAAGAGAAGCGAGUCAAGGAGAUUGUGAAGAAGCACUCUCAGUUCAUCGGUUACCCCAUCACCCUCUACGUGCAGAAGGAGCGCGAAAAGGAAGUGAGUGAUGACGAGGCAGAGGAUGAGAAGGAGGGAGAAGAGAAGGAGGAAGGUGAAGGAGAGGAAGGAGAUGCACCAAAGAUUGAGGAUGUGGCUGAUGAAGAGUCCGGUGACAAGAAGAAGAAAAAGAAGAUCAAGGAGCGUUACACUGACCAGGAAGAGCUGAACAAGACCAAACCCAUCUGGACCCGCAACCCUGACGACAUCACCAACGAGGAGUACGGAGAGUUCUACAAGAGCCUCACAAACGACUGGGAGGACCACCUCGCAGUCAAGCACUUCUCUGUGGAGGGCCAGCUGGAGUUCCGUGCCCUUCUCUUCAUCCCCCGCCGUGCCCCGUUCGACCUGUUUGAAAACAAGAAAAAGAAGAAUAACAUUAAGCUUUACGUGCGCAGAGUUUUCAUCAUGGACAACUGCGAGGAGCUCAUCCCAGAGUACCUCAACUUUGUGCGCGGUGUGGUGGACUCUGAAGAUCUGCCCCUGAACAUCUCCCGAGAAAUGCUGCAGCAGAGUAAAAUCCUGAAGGUCAUCCGCAAGAACAUCGUGAAGAAGUGUCUGGAGCUGUUUGGCGAGCUCUGUGAGGACAAGGACAACUACGGAAAAUUCUACGAAGCCUUCUCCAAGAACAUCAAGCUGGGCAUCCAUGAGGACUCUCAGAACCGCAAGAAGCUGUCGGAGCUGCUGCGUUACCACAGCUCUCAGUCUGGAGACGAGAUGACCUCUCUCAACGAGUACCUCACCCGCAUGAAGGAGAACCAGAACUCAAUCUACUACAUCACAGGCGAGAGCAAAGACCAGGUGGCAAACUCUUCCUUCGUGGAGCGUGUGCGCAAACGCGGCUUCGAGGUCCUGUACAUGACGGAGCCCAUCGACGAGUACUGCAUCCAGCAGCUCAAGGAGUUCGACGGCAAGAACCUUGUGUCGGUCACCAAAGAGGGUCUGGAGCUGCCGGAGAACGAGGAGGAGAAAAAGAAGAUGGAGGAGGACAAGGCCAAGUUUGAGAACCUCUGCAAACUCAUGAAAGAAAUCCUCGACAAAAAAGUAGAGAAGGGCUGGGGUAAUGUGUUCUGGAUUAUUUUUAAAUCUUCUGCCCUCCUCUCUCAGGUCACCGUAUCAAACCGGCUGGUGUCGUCUCCCUGCUGCAUCGUCACGUCCACCUACGGCUGGACGGCCAACAUGGAGCGCAUCAUGAAGGCUCAGGCCCUGCGUGACAACUCCACCAUGGGCUACAUGAUGGCCAAGAAGCACCUGGAGAUCAACCCGGACCACCCCAUCAUGGAGAAUCUGCGGCUGAAGGCAGAUGCUGACAAGAACGACAAAGCGGUGAAGGACCUGGUUAUCCUGCUCUUCGAGACCGCACUGCUCUCCUCUGGCUUCUCCCUGGACGACCCCCAGACCCACUCCAACCGCAUCUACCGCAUGAUCAAACUUGGACUGGGUAUCGACGAUGACGACAUGCCCACAGAAGAAGCUCCCUCCGCUGCUGUCCCUGACGAGAUCCCACCACUGGAGGGUGACCUGGAGGAGGACGCUUCCCGCAUGGAGGAAGUCGACUAA